AUGACUUCAAACUCUCGCUACACCUCGGUGCCUAGCGAGGCAGCCGAGGAUGUCUCUGCAUCAUCUUCGAGCCGCACCACAUCCAACAGCAGAUCGGCGCAAAACAAUUCCGGACUCGUCCAGCACUUCGCCCGAGCAGGUGUAGUCGGAUCAACCGCAUUUGUCCUCAUCUGUCUGUUUCUCUCCAUCGCAGGUCCCUACCCUUCACCGUCCUCCCACGUCGGCGGUUCGUUCAGCAAAGGUCUGUCUGCGGAACGUCGUCGAGAUCGCACCAUGAACGAGGCGACGUGCCGAGCCGAGUUCCCGCUGCUCUUCCCGCAGAUCCAGCAGAACGUCGACGCAUGGAAGGCCAAAGGAGGCAUCUCGUACCACGAUCUCGACGAAGCCACUCGGACCUCUGCGGGCAACUGGGGGAUGGCGCGUGUCGUCAUCCGAGAUGGACAGCUGUUCCUGCGUCAGGUUCGCGAAGGGGGAGAAUCUCGAAUCUCUGCCCUCCUCCAUCUGCUGCAUACAGCGAUCACCACAGAUCCUUCUUCGACCUUCUCACAGAACGAUCCUUAUAACACUGGUGUGGAGCUCGUGCUGUCGGAAGCGGACAAGGACGCCUCAUCCACGAGCUCCGCCAUCUGGGUGCUGUCCAAACGCGUCUCCGAACCCGCUUCAACAGGGACCUGGUUGCUGCCCGACUUUGGAUUCGUCGGAUGGCCCGAAGCAGGCAUCGCAUCGUUCUCCGAAUUCACCCACCUCGCCUCGCUUCAGGACACGCUCGUACCGUGGUCCGUGAAAUCGGAUCGCAUCCUCUGGCGUGGUCUCGCCAACGGCUACGCGCCACGAGUCGAUCUGCUCUCGCGCACCGAUCCUUCCCGCGUCUCUGGCGCAGAUACAUGGGCAGAUGUGCAACAAACUUCCUUCCAUGACGUCGGUGAACAGUUCCAUCCGAUCAUCCCGAUGCACGAGCAUUGCAGGUACAAGUACCUCGUGCAGACCGAAGGGAACAGCUAUUCUGGUCGCGGCAAGUUCCUUUGGUCUUGUCGAAGUGUCACGGUGGCACACCCGAUGGAAUGGACGCAACACUUUCACCCUGCGCUCAACUCUGAUCCGAAGAGCAGACAGCAGAACAUGGUGGAGCUAAAAGGACCCCUGUUCGCGGGGUUGGAAGAGACAACCAAGCAGUUGCAGGCAAGCGCGCACAUUUCGAGCGACAAGGAUCUCCCGCGAAACUACACCACCGCAGAUGGAGUGUUGGAAUUGAACCCACCGCAGAGGAUCGCGGAGAACGCGGUGGAGAGUCUGAGGCACAGGUAUCUGACGGAGGCUGCGACGAAUUGUUAUCUGAGAGCGGCGUUGAGGGGGUAUGCGGGGGUGUUGAAGAAGGACACUUGGCCGAGGGAGGAGAAUGCUGGUGCGUGGGAUGAGUCCGGUGCGGGGAUCGUGCCGAAGGGGGGACCCGGCGGAGGGGUGGCCCCGGGCAGCGGCAAGGGGAAGGAUUUGGUGAAAGUCGGAGUGAAGGGAGAUAUCGAGUAUGGGAUCUGGCGCCUGAGCGGUAGUCCCGAUUGGCCGCCUGUGGCCCCCAAACCACAGUAG